GCUCCUGCAGGGCCCCGCACUCCUGCGCAUCCCUGGCAGUGUCCCGGGUCAGCCAGGACGUGACACCCUGGGACAAUGGGAGGUGUCCCUGCCCACGGCAGGUGUGGCACUGCGGGGGAUUUAAAGCCCUUCCCCACCCAAACCAUUCCAGGAUUUUGGGUUUAGACACUGAUUUCCUGCUCCUGUGCUUCAGCUGCCUCCCUUGAGCUGCCUGGUGUCUCCAGCUCCUGACCCAUUUAUCCUCCAGCACCUUCAGGAAAACGUCUGGCAAGGAACACCUUUCACCCUAAUGUUUUUUUAGCAAUUCCUAACCUCCCGCCCCCUUACCCUGGGGGCUCUUUCCCCUCCCGGGGCGGUGCCGGGGCAGAGGAGGCUGGCCCGGCCCCGCCGUGACCUGGAAGGGAAGCGGCGUCACCGGGAUCGACUUCCCGGGGCCGGGAUGGAGCGGGCGAGCGGCAGGCUGUAGCUGAUGCCCAGGCCCCCCUGGCACGAUGCCGUCACGGACCAAUCUCUCUGCUGGGAUCCCCAGUAGCAAAGUGAAAUAUUCCAAGCUCUCCAGCACCGAUGAUGGAUACAUUGACCUGCAGUUCAAGAAGAGCCCACCCAAAAUCCCCUACAAGGCCAUUGCACUGGCCGUGGUGCUCUUCAUGAUCGGGACCUUCCUCAUCAUCAUCGGAGCCCUGCUGCUGGCAGGGUACAUCAGCAAAGGGGAGACUGACCGGGCCAUCCCCGUGCUGAUCAUCGGCAUCCUGGUGUUCCUGCCGGGCUUCUACCACCUGCGCAUCGCCUACUACGCCUCCAAGGGCUACCGGGGCUACUCCUACGACGACAUCCCCGACUUCGACGACUGAACCGUUCAUUAAUCCCGCUCUAAUUAGGCUGCUCGGAGCUGGUAGUUCCCCUGGAUGCUGGCAGGGCACGGCCGAUGCGUGUCCCUCGCGCGGCGCCGCUUCCUGGCCUUGAGGUGUUGCAGGUUUUCCAGUUUGGGGGUGGGGGCUCCAGCCCAGAAUUGACCAAAAGGAAUUGCAAAGAACUUGGGAUUUAUGGGAUUUUUUUUCCUCUCCGGGUUGCGUAAUUCCGCUCGCUGGGAAGCUCUUCCUGGGCGAGGCAAUCCUUGCAAUUUUCCAAAAAUAGAUGAGCUGGUUUCAGCAGCGGAUACUUGUUUUUUCUCUAAGUGUUUUCUAGAGUUUAUUUUAGCUUUCCAUGAGAUUGUGGUUAUUGUUGGGUUACCUUUGCAGACAGACCAUCAUUAAAUUCUCCUUUUGCUCUCUGUCCAUCAGAAAUGCUUCCAAACUACCGGUCCUGGAGUAAACAGAGUCUGAUGAGAGAGGGAAAGCAGCACUUGCAGGAAGUGAUUUCCACAGUGCACUUGCUCCACAGCUCCCUGUCACACUGACCAAGCUCAUUUCCCCACAAACGCCUCCUUCCCAAGCAAGCUUUCCCCGUGCCACUGUUGCUUUUGGCAAAACCUGCUCAUCCUUCACAAGGACUGGUGUUGGAGUUCGCUCGUUAUUUAAACAACCAAAUGGCUACUGGGAGAAGGAUUGGAACCCAGACUCAAGUGUCCAAAUAUCAAAAAUCUUGGGCUUGACUGAUGUGGGCAUUGGAGACACUUGAACUCCAGCUGUCUAUCUUCUGGAGUCCUUGUGUAGAUAAUUUGCUGUGCAGACCUGCCCAGGCCAGUGAAGAGAAGUUCUCUGUGCAGUUUGUGCUGAACAAACCCCCUCUAGAUUGCUUUGCCAGCUUUGCUGAUGUGUCAUUCAGGGAAAACAGAGCGAUGGCUCCACUUGAGUGAGGUCAAACCAGGCUGUCUCCUGGUUCUCAGUGUCCUGGACAACGAGCAGCGAUGCAAGUGGAUGCAUUUAACUUGAAUAAAGUUCUAUAUUCUCUGUAA